CCGGCACCACCGAGCUCACGGGGAGGCCUAGAGAGUCCCCGCGCCUACACCGGAAAGGGGCCGCGCCGGGAACAUCCCCGGAGCGGAGCGCAGGUACCAUAGAGAUCGGAAGCGACGAGCGGUCGGGCCGGAAGGAAGACUGAGCGCCAGGGCAAGAUGGCGCCGACCAAGAGGAAGCGGCGUGGGGAUGUCGCGGUUCAGGCGAAGAAGAAGAAGAAGGCGAAGAGAAGUGAAAAUGACGCCGUGCCGCCUGCGAAGCGGCGAAACGUAGUAGGAGAGAAGGAGGAGGUGGAGGAAGAAGACCGAGAUCGUAUCCCUGGCCCCGUGUGCAAGGGCAAGUGGAAAAAUAAGGAACGGAUUCUCAUCUUUUCUUCCAGAGGAAUAAAUUUCAGAACAAGACAUUUAAUGCAAGACUUGAGAAUGUUGAUGCCGCAUUCAAAAGCAGAUACUAAAAUGGAUCGCAAAGAUAAGUUGUUUGUGAUUAACGAGGUUUGUGAAAUGAAAAACUGCAAUAAAUGUAUCUAUUUUGAAGCUAAGAAGAAACAAGAUCUCUAUAUGUGGCUCUCAAAUUCACCUCAUGGACCAUCUGCUAAAUUCCUUGUUCAAAAUAUUCAUACUCUAGCUGAACUAAAGAUGACUGGAAACUGCUUGAAAGGUUCCCGGCCCCUUCUGUCUUUUGACCCUGCUUUUGAUGAAUCACCACAUUAUGCUUUGUUAAAAGAACUCUUAAUUCAGAUCUUCAGUACACCCCGGUAUCACCCCAGAAGUCAGCCAUUUGUGGACCACGUAUUUACUUUCACCAUUUUGGAUAAUAGGAUAUGGUUUCGGAACUUUCAGAUCAUAGAAGAGGAUGCUGCUCUUGUAGAAAUAGGACCUCGUUUCGUCUUAAACCUUAUAAAGAUUUUCCAGGGAAGUUUUGGAGGACCAACUUUGUAUGAAAAUCCUCACUACCAGUCACCAAAUAUGCACCGGCGUAUCAUUAGGUCCAUCACGGCUGCUAAAUACAAAGAGAGACAGCAAGUGAAAGAUGUGCAGAAAAUGAGAAAGAAAGAACCAAAGACGAUUCUUCCACAUGAUCCCACUGCGGAUGUUUUCAAUAUACCAGCCGAGGAAAAACCAGUAGAAAUCCAAUGGGUUAAACCAGAGCCCAAAGUGGAUUUGGCAGCAAGAAAGAAAAGAAUUUACAAGAGGCAAAGAAAACUGAAAAAGAAGAUGAACAGUGGAAAUGCAAAAUGAAUCAGUGAAUAACUCAUUUGUUUUCAGUUAUUUUAUAUUUAUUUUGUAUUCAAUGUGUAAAUACUUUAUUCAGGAUGACCACAUCACACUGAAUUAUUAUGAUUACCACACUGCACUGUUUUUAAGGAUAAUACAUCGGGGUUUUUUUCAUCCACAUAAUGCACAAAGAAUAGUGUCAUAAAAUGUGUGUUGAUUUUGUAGUAAAAUGAAAUAUCCAGAACUACAAAUUUAGUGUGACAUUUCAAAAAAAAAUUAACUUGUGGCUUUCUGAUGUCUAUGUUUUUCUAAAUAAAAUACUAACCAAA